UUUUAGGGGAGCUGGAAAAGUACACGUGUUUGGCUCCUAAUCUAGUGUCCUGAAUCAAUGUAAGUUCCGGGAGCAACUUAUAACUCUUGAAUAUGCAAGUGUAUAAACCCUAUACAUGCUAAAAACUGAUGAACAAAAGAAAAGAUUGAGGUACUGUCACACGAUUUUGCAAUGGGAUAAUCCACAUUUUUUAGCCGGAGGAUAACGUACACUCUUGUCAACAUUUUUUAUAUUCAAACUUCCUUGAUCUUGCCUUCCAUCGUUGAAGUUGGAAAGCUGCCAUCUCCCAUGGAGUGCAAGGCUUAAAUUCACUUUAUAGCAAUUUCUUUCCGAAAGAUAACAACAAUGGGCUUGAACUUCAAGCCUGAUAAAAAGAGCACGAAUUGAAAGGAGAAUAUCUUGCAAGAUGACAUCCCUCUGUACGUAAGCCAUUUCGUUAUCAUCCCAAAGGAACCGCCCAAAAGAAGUUAUUUGCUAUCCCACGGUAAUGAAACAAGUAAAGUAGUGAUAUCUAGUCGAAUGUGCUGACAUCAAAAUCCCAAAAGGCUCUGGCCUUCGGACCUGUUAACUGCAUAAGACUAGUUCCCUAUUCUCUGUUCUUGAAUCCAACUGUGUUCUUCAGGGACUAACCGACUAAGGGAAGUAGGGAACUGCCUAUUUCAUUCUCUUUGAACCCAUGGACUCAAAAUCCCCUCGAGUAGAAAUGUUCUUCUUCCCCUAUGUAGGAGGAGGCCAUCAAAUCCCCAUGAUAGACAUAGCCAGGAUGUUUGCAGCCCAUGGUGCCAAAUCCACCAUCAUCUCCACCCCUAAACAUGCUCUCUCCUUUCAAACAACCAUUCUCCGUGACCAGCAAUCGGGUCAUCAAAUCUUCAUCCAAACCCUCCAGUUAUCAGUCAACGUUGACAUAGCUGACACCGACAUGUCUGCUCCUCCUCAGACAGACACGUCCUUGCUCCAAGAACCUCUAAAGAGCUUGCUACUUCAACGCAGACCAGAUUGCAUUGUUCACGAUAUGUUCCAUCGUUGGGCCGCAGAUGUUAUUGACAAUCUUGAAGUCGAUAUCCCGAGAAUUGUUUUCAAUGGAAACGGUUGCUUCUCCAAUUGUGCCCGAGAAAAUAUAACCAAGUUUAAACCUCAUGAGAUGGUGGGUUCGGAUUAUGAGCCCUUUGUUAUACCGGGUCUUCCUGAUCGGAUUGAACUGACUCGGUCUCAGCUUCCAGUGCUUCGAUUGAGACAGCAGCAUAUGCGAAAACCUGAGGAUAAAAGUCUUGGGGUUGUGGUUAAUAGUUUCUAUGAAUUGGAGCCAGCUUAUGCAGAAUAUUUCAAGAAAGAAUUGGGGAAUAGGGCGUGGCUUGUAGGGCCAGUAUCUUUAUACAACAGAAACAUUGCUGACAAAGUUGAGAGAGGUAAAGAGGCCUCAAUUGAUGCGCAAGGCGUUCUCAGCUGGCUUGAUUCUAAAGAACCCCAUUCAGUUCUUUACAUUAGCUUUGGAAGCUUAGCUCGUUUAGCUCCAGGACAGCUCCUGGAGAUCGCACAUGGUCUCCAGGCUUCCAACCAACCCUUUAUCUGGGUAAUUGGAAAAGUCUUCAAAGCCGAGGGGAAAGAGGAAGAAAAUGAAAAAAACUGGUUUCCAAGUGGGUUUGAAGAAAGGAUGAAAGAAUCCAAAAACGGACUAAUAAUCCGGGGAUGGGCACCGCAGUUGUUGAUACUAGAACAUGCCUCGGUGGGAGGUUUCAUGACACAUUGCGGAUGGAAUUCUACUUUGGAAGGUGUGAGUUGUGGUGUACCAAUGAUCACAUGGCCGAUAUCAGCAGAGCAAUUUUAUAAUGAGAAACUGAUAACUGAUGUCCUGAAGAUUGGAGUCAAAGUGGGAAGCGUAGAUUGGCUUUCAUGGAACAUGGAGCCGCGGGCAGCAGUGGGGAGAGAGAAGGUGGAGGCGGCGGUGAAGAGGCUGAUGGGUGGCGGGGAAGAGGCUGUGGAGAUGAGAACUAAAGCAAGACAGAUCGGAGAAAUGGCUAACAGAGCUGUUGAAGGUGGGUCAUCGUACAAGGACGCUGUAGCUUUGCUCAAGGAGUUUAAGGCUCGCCCAAAAACCGACCCAUGAUGUUUAUUGUUCCACUAGGUUACAACCGGAAGAGUAAUGGGAUUGUAAUUGGAAUUUGCUCCAAAUCCAUGCCUAGUAAAUCUUAACUUAAAAGUUUCUAA